AGGAUUAUUAAAUCAUUUUCACGGCGGCGCCCGUUCCGCCUGUCCGCUGGAGGCGCUCGAGUGCGCGGUGACGUCACACGCUCCAGCAGUCGCCCGAGAAACUGACCGCGCAGCGCAGAGCCAAGAUGGCGGCAGCCAACGCUUGAUACUCGAUGAAGAUGGAGGGAGAGGUAAGUCUGGUCGCCGGCCGCAGUCAGAGAGAAAAGAGAAGAUCCUACAAAGAUCUUCUGAGAGAAGAAGAGAUCAUCGAUGCAGAGGUGCGCAAGACCUCCAAGAAAUGGCUCAAGGACACUGAUGGCUUUUACAGCAGCGGAGAGCUCCAGAAGAAGAAACACUAUGAGGAUCAUCUCCACAGAGAUCAUCACAGCAGCUCCGGCUCUCAUCACAAGAAGAAGAAGCGGCCAGUGCUGGCUCUGCCGGACCCGUCCGUGACGGCCAUGGGUCUCCUGCAGGCCAUCACCUCUCCCACGGCCCAGGACGCGUCCAGGAAGCAGCCGCCGCUGGUGCGUGAGGGACUGCCGGUGGUGGGCGAGGAGGUGGAGCUGGAAGGUCAAUACGGCGGGUGUCACGAGGCGGCUGACAGCAGCGGCUCAUCCACCGGAGACGACAGUGAGAGCGGGAAACUCACCAUCCACGAAUCCUCUUCACACAGCAGCAGGAAGAAGAAGAAGAGCAAGAAGAGCAAGAAAAAGAAGGAGCGAGAACAUUCACGAGAGAAGAAACACAGCAGUAAAUCAGCCAAGAGAACGACGGCAGCCAAUGGCAGCACAGAAUGGAGCGCUCACUCCACAGGCCAUCACAGCCGCGAGGAGAAGAGGAGGAAGAGAGAGGAUGGAGGCAAGCGCAAGAGCAAAGACAAGAAGAAGAAGGUCUUGACGGCGUACCAGAUCUUUUAUAAAGAGUACAGAAGCAGCAUCCUGGAGGAAGAGCCAGGCCUCGAUUUUGGGGAUUUGAGCAAAAGACUGGCUGAUGCCUGGAAGCAGCUACCGGAGGGAGACAAAGAGGUGUGGCGGGAGAGGUCCGAGUACCUGCAGAGGAAGCAGAUGAAGUCUGAGAGCUCUAAACACGUCAAGCACGUCAAACAGCAGCACACGUCCCGAGCGCUCAAGGACGGCGGCAGGGUCAAAGGGCAUCACUCGGGCGUGACUCAUGCAGGAGGCGCUGUGGUGCUGAAGAGACAGGAAGCAGGCGUCGCUCCGGCCCAGAACGGCUCGGCUCCGAGGGCCCCUCACACGGCCCCGCUCUCCACACUGUCCCCGCUCAGAGACCCAGACGUGGACCCCAUCGACGCCGCCGCUCACCUGCAGCUGCUGGGAGAGUCUCUGAGUCUGAUCGGACGCAGACUGCAGGAGACAGAGGGGAUGGUGACGGUGUCUGGUUCUCUGUCGGUUCUGCUGGACUCGGUCCUGUGUGCUCUGGGUCCUCUGGCCUGUCUCACCGCUCAGGUCCCAGAACUCAACGGCUGCCCGCAUCACGUGCUGUCAAACACUCUGGACAACAUCGCGUACGUGAUGCCUGGUUUGUGAAGGACUCUGCUGAUGUCCAGAUGGUGCUGCGAGCGUCUCUUCAGCGUCUCUCGAUCAAACAUCCACUAAAGACUUUACCACUUGCGCAGUUUUGCACUGGAAGAACUCACACACACACACACACACACACACACACACACAACUUUUAAUCUGCUUCUUAAACCUGCGCUCCAUUUUUAUCUGCUCUAAUGUUGAUUUUGUAUUUCUGUUGUUUUUCCUCAAUAAAAUCCAUUUUAGUAUGUUCUUUUA